AUGGCGCCCAAGAAAAAGCGCGGGCCCAGCGCGGGGAGUCAGCCGGGGGGCGCGGGGGGCGCGGGGGCCGAGCAGCCGCUGUCGGAGCGCGCGCAGUACCUGCAGCGCGAAUACGCGCUGCUGUCGGAGCAGCUGGAGGCCUGCGAGGCCCGCGUGGACCGGGUGCUGCAGGAGAACGCCUUCCUGGACCGCGAGGCGCUGCGCCUGCGCGAGGAGAACCGGCUCUACGCCAGCUACGUGAGCGCGCGCGCCCAGCGCUGCGCCAACGCCAUCGUCCGGCUGGACGAGCAGAACCGCGUGGACCUGGCGCAGAUCCACUGGCAGCGGGCGGAGCUGGCCUCGCUCUACCACGGGCGCGAGGACAGGGUGCGCGCGCAGCUGCUGGAGAUGGAGGCGCGCGCGGCGCAGAUGGCGCGGCAGGUGGAGGAGCUGCGGCCCUACAAGGUGCUGCAGCUGGAGCAGCUGGCCCGGAUCCGGGCGCUGGAGCGCGAGCUGCUGCAUAUGCGCGUGGAGCACACGCAGCUGCUCCACCGCGUGAAGCGGCGCUUCCUGGAGGACAAGGCGGCUUUCGAGCGCGAGGCGCGUCAGCGCGUGCAGUCCCUGGCGCGGCGCGCGGAGCGGGAGGCGGCGCGCGCGCUCGUUGGGCACACGCAGGCCGUCAAGGCGGACAACUGGCGCCUGCGGCAGGAGCUGCUGCGGCUGCUCCGCCGGACCCAGCUGCUGCACGACACGCGGCGCCAGCUGUUGGAACAGCGCGAGCAGCUGCACCGCGAGCACGAGGACACGCGGGACCUGGCGCGUGUGCACGGCUGGCUGCCCAGGGGCCCCGGAGGCCCGCCGCUCUGGCAGCCGCCAGCCUCCUCCCAGCCCACCUCGCGCCCCGGCUCCUCAGCCGCCCCCACAGACCCUUCGGACACCGCCUCCCGGACCCAGUCCUUGGUCCCGUCGCGCGCGGCUUCCCAGGCUCCGUCCGGGGUCCCGUCGCGCGCGACCUCCGAGGCCCCGUCCGCGGUCCCGUCGCGCGCGGCCUCCCGGGCCCCCUCGUUGGUGCCGUCGAGCAGGGGCUCCAGGGUCCCAUCGCUGGCCACUUCAAAGCUGGCCUCCCGGAUGCCAUCCCUGACCGCGUCACACGCGGGCUCCCGGACCCUGUCGCUGGCGCGGUCACUCGAGGGCUCUCGGAUCUCUUCGCGGUCCUCAUUGCGGGUGUUCUCGCAGGACACUCUCCGAUCUACGAAGUCUGGCCCCAAGCUUCGCUCCAGCCUGACGUGGGAUCGGGAUCCUGCCCUUGCCCAUCCGCCGUCGGAGGAGAGCGUGAUCGCCGACGUUGCGGCAGAAGCCUCCUCUGGGAGAGCCUGACCCUGCAGGGAGGGAGGCCCGGGAGGCCCGGGUGUGCGCGACC